AAUAAUAUACAGAAACGCGUCGGUUGGUGCUUUGAUUGAAGCCAACUUUCAACUAGCUGUUUUUUAAGGGAAGGAAAACCAAAGGCAGAAUAAAAGAUAAUGGACACAUCCUUCGGGAAGUUAAUUAUUACCUCACAGUUUUAUUUAGCUGAGAAGACAACGCUUUAAACCCAAAGGAUUCAAAUGCAUUUUUGUUUUCUCUAAUCGAAAUCGGUGGAAGGAUCGGGUUCCCGUGCGCGCGCAGAAGAGCUGCUGGGCACGCGCUGUCCGGGACUCGGUGUUCCUCACCGAAAUAUAUUGACUGGCGCCGUAUAUUCUUCUUUUUUUGUCGGUUUUUAUGUGGAAUAUCGUUGCUGUGAUUACCUCGGCUUGACCUCGACCUUCAGAGUAAUAAAGUGCAGAAGGUUGGAACGAUGCCAGAUUCACCCGCUGAUGUCAAAACCCAGCCAAGAUCGACUCCGCCCACUAUGCCGCCCCCUCCCCCCGCAGUAAACCAGGCUUCCAGUCGCAAUGCCUCGUUCACUCCUACAACCAUGUUGAACGGGAGUGGCCACUCGCCCACGGCACUUAACGGGGCACCUUCCACGCCCAACGGCUUCAGCAAUGGGCCCGCCAUGUCGUCUACGGCCUCGCUGUCGACCCAGCAGCUCCCGCCAGCCUGUGGUGCGCGGCAGCUUUGCAAGCUAAAGCGCUUCCUCACCACGCUGCAGCAGUUUGGCAACGACAUCUCGCCUGAAAUCGGGGAGCGUGUGCGCAGCCUUGUGUUGGGUUUGGUGAAUUCAACUCUAACUAUAGAAGAGUUUCACUCUAAACUCCAGGAGGCCACCAACUUCCCCCUGCGUCCUUUUGUUAUUCCUUUCCUUAAGGCAAACCUGCCCCUCCUGCAAAGGGAGCUGCUGCACUGUGCGCGCAUGGCCAAGCAGACACCUGCGCAGUACCUGGCUCAGCACGAGCAGCUGUUGUUGGACGCCAAUGCCAGCUCCCCCCUGGACUCGUCCGAGAUCCUGCUGGAGAUCAACGAACAUGGCAAGCGGAGGACCCCCGACAGGACCAAAGACAGCACCGGUGAGCGUGACAGCCUCCACGCUGAACACUUGGCCAAGCGGCCAUGCACAGUGAGCCCCAGCCAGCGCUACAGCCCUAGCGGUGGGCUGCCAGCCCACCCACCCCCCAACGGACUGCCCACACACCCCCCCAACGGUUUGGGCCACUCCAGCGGCCCUGCUCCCCAGCACUACCGCCUGGAGGACAUGGCCCUGGCACACCACUACCGUGACGCUUAUCGCCAUGCUGAGCACCGCGAGGGUCGUGACCGCCACCGGCAGACAGCUGUGCAUGGCCUGCGGCAGGAGGAAGUCAUCGAUCACCGGCUGACUGAUCGCGAGUGGGCUGAGGAGUGGAAGCAUCUUGAUAACCUGCUGAACUGCAUCAUGGAUAUGGUGGAGAAGACGCGGCGGUCCCUAACAGUGCUGCGCCGCUGCCAGGAGGCCGAUCGCGAGGAGAUGAACCACUGGAUCCGGCGCUACAGCGAUGUGGAGGAUAUGAAAAAAGAUAUUCCCAGAGACUUUGUGCACAGGACACCAUCAGGGUACCUGCCUGAAGAGAUCUGGAGGAAGGCCGGUACUACAAGUAUCCUGCACUCACCAGCACUAAAGCAACUCCAAACCAAGCAGGAGGAGGCCGUGAAUGAGGUGAAGAGACAGGCCAUGUCUGAGCUGCAGAAGGCUGUGUCGGAGGCGGAGCGCAAGGCCCAUGAGAUGAUCUCUGCCGAGAGGUCCAAAAUGGAGCGAGCACUGGCCGAGGCCAAGAGGCAGGCCUCCGAGGACGCGCUGACCAUCAUCAACCAACAAGAGGACUCCAGUGAGAGCUGCUGGAACUGCGGGCGCAAGGCGAGCGAGACGUGUAGCGGCUGCAACACGGCGCGCUACUGUGGCUCCUUCUGCCAGCACAAGGACUGGGAGAAGCACCACCACGUGUGCGGCCAGACCCUGCAAGGCGUGCCUCUGGGGACGCCCUCGUCCUCGUCGUCGUCCUCCUCCUCCUCAUCCUGCUCGUCCUCUUCCACGGCGCCCCCCACACCCUCAGAGAGCAGUCCCCCUGUGCCCCUGGUGCUCUCUGGCCAGGCCGUUGGGGUUGGAAGUGGAGCGGGAAGCGUUUCCAGCAGCCCCAAGGAAGCCGGCUCCAGCGGUGCCUCGCGUUCCACCACUCCUGCCACGCCUGCCGUGCUGGAUGGCGCCUCCCGCUGACCUCAGCAAGAAACCUCGGGGUCUCCGUCAAACCCUUCCUCCCAAGCUUUAGCUGGUCCCACAUCUGGUUCUGCAUCCUUCUUUAGCAACACGAAGACCACUUUCAGCUGACUCCUCUAACUACACUGCUUCCCAGUGAGGCAAACACUCAUAAACAUACCACACACACACACACGCAUACGCACACAGCAGAGACACAUUAUUAAAAACAUCUUUGGCUGCCUUCCUUGUGCCCAAGUUAAUAUUAAAAUGGAGAACUGUAUAGAGAGAACACAGCACCACUAACUCCCAGUCGGAGUGAAUGUUAUCUUUGUUACGCUGUUGGCCUGUCUAACAUUCGGCUCCUGUGUUCAUGGUAUGUACAGUACAUGGGUGUGCAUGUAGCCCAUAAUAGCUUUUCUAGUAGCAGAAGAGUCUGUGGCAAUAUAAAAGUGAGCCGUCUGGGAAUUAAACUAGACAGGAGGAAUGGCUUUUGUGGACAUCAAGCACCCCCCGUAAUUCACACUAAUAUUAAACUUUGGGAGAGUCUGAAAGAACAGAUUCCUUGGCGCAUCUGGAGCCAUUUCCUUGGGAACUCUUCUUUGAGACAACUUGCCAUUUUUGUGCAGCAUCACUUUCAUCUUUUUUUGCUUUAAAUAAAAUACUAGUCCAAAAAUUUUCAAACGAGAGCGAGAGAAAAGCACGUUAACUACCUUGCUAGAGAGCCAAUAAAGUCUGCACCGGACUCACCUCUCUGAUGCUGAUGUUGAACCCAAAUGAACUGAGUAAGUACAUGAAUGAGCAAACAAAAUAAAACACAAUCCAAACAAUUCUUUAAUUAUUACACUGCCAAAGUUACGAGGAGAGCGUGGGGAGUGUUCAUCUUGUAACCAAAUGCAAGCCACAUGGGCUCCGGCGAGCAUCGAGACGAGAGCGGGACACGGAGCGGAAGGACACGCUGAAGAGACGGAGCACAUCUGCGCAGUGUUUGCAGCGCCGCUCACACGACGGCCUACAGAACGAGACGAACAGGAGACCA